AUGUGUUGCAUAUUCAACCAAGUAGCUGGGGAGACACAACAUCUCUCCGAGCUGAGGAUUGUGCUGGUGGGAGCAGAGGUAUGUGGGAAGAGUUCAGCUGGAAACACCAUCUUGGGCAAACAGGUGUUUGCAUCUGGAAUAAAAACUCUAGAGGGUAAGAAGGUGCAGGCUACCAUAGAUGGGAGGCAGGUCACUAUGGUGGACUCACGUGGCUGGGUCCGUUACUUUCCUGUUGAAGAUUCUCCAGAAUUACUGAAAGAGCAGAUUUUGUGUAGUGUGUCUCUGUGUCCCCCUGGACCCCAUGUUUUCCUGCUGGUCAUAAAUUUGGACUCAUCGUUCCAAGAGAAACACAGGAUAGCAGUGCAGGAACACCUGGAGCUUCUCAGCGAAACAGUAUGGAGAUACACUAUACUGCUGUUCACCUUUGGGGACACUUUCAGGGAAAUGACCAUCAAGCAGCACAUUGAAGAAGAAGGACAGGCCCUCCAGGCGCUUAUAGAGAAAUGUGGGAACAGGUACCAUGUUCUCAGCAAUAAGAACAGCAGUGAGGUCUCUCAGGUCUCAGAGCUACUGGAGAUGAUAGAGAAGAGGGUGGCAGGUAAUGGUGGCUGUCAUUUUCAAAUGGAUAGAGAAAUUCUAAAGGACAUGGAGGAGAAGAGGAGGAUUACAGAAGAGCGAGCCAAGCAGAGAGUAAGAAAGGUCCGGGAACACAGAGAGACACUCCGAGACCUUCUGAGAGGGGGAACAAGCCGUCCCUCAGCACUGAGGGUGGUCUUACUGGGAUGGGUGGCUGGGGGGAAGAGCUCAACAGGAAAUACCAUUCUGGGUAGAGAGGAGUUUGGAGUUUGGAGAAGAACUGCACAGUGUGAGAAGAAGCAAGGUGAAGUCAAUGGGAGGCAGGUCACUGUGGUCGACACACCCGGCUGGUGGAAGUUCAUCCCGGGUGAGCUCAUACCUGAUUGGAUAAAAGAGGAAGUGGUGAAGAGUUUGACACUGUGUCACCCUGGACCCCAUGCAAUCCUACUGGUUAUUCCUGCAGACACAUCAUUUAAAGAAGAACAAAGGAAAAUAAUUAGAGACAACAUGAGGCACCUUGGAGAGAGAGUGUGGGGACACACUCUGGUGCUCUUCACCUGGGGGGAAUACCUAGGAAAAAGCUCCAUCGAGCAGCACAUAGAGAGAGAAGGACAGGCCCUCCAGUGGCUUAUAGAGAAAUGUGGGAACAGGUACCAUGUUCUCAGAAAUAUGGAAAGGGAGAAUAGCACCCAAGUCACAGAGCUGCUGGAGAAGAUUGAAGAGAUGGUAGCAGGUCGAACUGUCCUUCCUCUCAAGACUGAGACACAAAGUGAAGUUAUGGAGGAGAUAGAAGAGAAAGACAGAGAGACCAGGGGGAUAAAUCUCAGCACGGAGAAGCAGAAUGUAACAGAGCUGAUGAAAAUCUUUGAUGAACAGUGGAUCAAGAGAGAAGAUCUGUUGGCCAAACUGUAUGUGGAUUGUCAAGAAAGAAGCAAUGUUCUGCCUCCUGCUGAUUUCCUAAAAAAUCUUGAAAAGGAAUGGAGCAGAACAGAAAGAGAAUUUAACCUAAAGACGUUGAUUCCGGAAUGCAGCACUCCACCAGACAAGGCAGGCAGAGUCCUCCACUAUGAGUGGAAGAGCUCGACAGGAAAUACCAUUCUGGGCAGAGAGGAGUUUGGAGUUUGGAAAAGAACUGCACAGUGUGAGAAGAAGCAAGGUGAAGUCAAUGGGAGGCAGGUCACUGUGGUCGACACACCCGGCUGGUGGAAGUUUAUGCCAGCUAAACUCACACCUGAUUGGAUAAAAGAGGAAGCAAUGAAGGGUUUGAUGGUGUGUAACCUCGGACCCCAUGCAAUUCUACUGGUUAUUCCUGCAGACACAUCAUUUAAAGAAGAACAAAGGAAAAUAAUUCGAGACAACGUGAAGCACCUUGGAGAAAGAGUGUGGGGACACACUCUAGUGCCCUUCACCUGGGGGGAAAGGCUAGGAAACCACACCAUUGAGCAGCACAUAGAGAGAGAAGGACAGGCCCUCCAGAGGCUUUUAGAGAAAUGUGGAAACAGGUACCAUGUCCUCAGCAAUAAGGAAAGGGGGGAUAAAACCCAAGUCACAGAGCUGCUGGAGAAGAUUGAGGAGAUGGUAGCAGGUCGAACUGUCCUUCCACUCAAGACUGAGACACAAAGUGAAGUUAUGGAGGAGAUAGAAGAGAAGGACAGAGAGACCAGGGGGGUAGAUUUCAGCACAGAGAAGCAGACAGUAACAAAGCUGAUGAAAACAGUGGAUCAAGAGAGAAGAACAUCUGUUGGAGCAACUGGGUUUGGAUUCUAA